CAUUUGUCAGUGCAGUUUUUGUGGACUACAUUUCCCGAUAGGCUGCAGGCUGUGAUCUUAGCAGAGAGCAUGCCGGGAGAUGUAGUCCCCAGCAGUCAGACAGUCCUGUGGCAGGCGGCGGCGGUAGGACCCCUCGGCUCCCGCGGCCAGCCCAGCUGUCUGUGAGUGAGUGUCCCGGAGACAUUAAUAGCCGCUCGCAGUGUCUCUCUCUCUCUCACCCCCGGGGCUGCCCGCACACCAUGGGACUCAGCGAGGACAUCGAGCGCUUCGAGAGCUGCGGCAAGGGCAGGGGCCUGCGGGCACGGCGCUCCUUCCAGCUGGGGGAGCUGCUCUUCUCCUGCCCGGCCUACACCUACGUGCUCACCGUGAACGAGCGCGGCAACCACUGCGACUACUGCUUCACCAGGUAACCCGCCCGGCCGGCCUCGCACUGCGCACUGCCUGGCCGCCCUGCCCGCGUAAUACAGCAAUUACGGCAGCUGCUCCCCCCACGGCCGCACGUGGGUGGAAGCUGCAGGCUCCCUGGGAGACACUGGGUCCUAGAGCCUCCCGCUCACAGGGCCCAGGUCCAGAGCAUUGGCCAGCAAGGCUUGGAUUUAACUGGGUUUAUUACAGUGGAAAAAAUAAUAAUAAUAAUUAACAAUUUCCAUCUCUUUAUCAUUUACUGCACCCACACAUUAUAUACUGUAUUAAAAAGACAAAAAGGGCUUCAAUUUGAUGUGACAUAUACAUUAUUAUUAUUAUUAUUAUUAUUAUUAUUGCCAUUUAUAUAGCGCCAACAGAUUCCGUAGCGCUUUACAAUAUUAUGAGAGGGGGGAAUUAACUAUAAAUAGGACAAUUACAAGAAAACUUACAGGAACGAUAGGUUGAAGAGGACCCUGCUCAAACGAGCUUACAGUCUAUAGAUAAAGUCUAAUUUGUUAUAUUUUAUAAUAAUACACAAAAAUGCAACCAAAAAAAUGAAAAAAACCCCCCCCCCCCCCUUUACAGUUAUGGUAAUGCAUGCAAAAAAUUGUGCAGUAUAAGAAAAGUAAUUUUAAAAAUAAACUCUUAUUUGCGCUGAUGAACAGAGUAUUAAAUAAUGACUAGGACUUCGGUUUAUUUUUGGUGAUUGCAGGUCACAAAACGCAAAGCGUGUUUAAAAAAAAAAAAAUCAAUGGGGAUUUAAAAAAAAAAAAUUUUUUGUUUAUCUCGUAAGUCUAAAAGGAACACUGUUAGGAAUACAAAGAUGCCUGAGGAUGUCCAGCGUCGUUUCUCACCAUCAAAAACUGUGAAACUCAAAGAAGGGCCUCUGGUAGACCGCCACUAGAGGCAAUCUUAACCCCUUAAGGACACAACUUCUGGAAUAAAAGGGAAUCAUGACGGAAUAUAUCCGUCAUCUGUCCUUAAGGGGUUAAUACUACAAUGUAAACAUUGUAGUUUCUCUAAAACGGCAAUGUUUUACAUUGCAGGACUUAAGGGACAGGGACUGUGCAUCCUGAGUACUUCAAUGAGCUGAAGUAACCUAUGUUCAUCAGUGCAUACGCUGUGGUUGCUAUGGAAUGUGUUCCAAGCAGGGCAAAUCAAAGACGACUUCGGGAGCAGAGCAGGCAGAGUACGGAGAAGAUGACGGACAGGGGGUGGGUGUUACGUGAAGAAGAAUAACACCUAUUAAGUGGCACUGGAAGGGAGGAAACAUUGGUAAAUCUUUAUAUAUUACGGUGAAUACACCAGAUAUCUUUCAGUUCUUCAGUUUCUUAUCUUUCAGUUUAUUUUUCACUGUAAAGGCCUAGACAGAUGAAUUAAAGGGGGUUUGUGUUGAAAUGAACAUGUUAAAUUUAGAGUGCAGAUAUAUUAUCUAAAUUCAAACUCCGAAUUGGCCUUCAUUUUAUAUAUAUAAAUGUAUUUAUUUUCUGGUGAACUACAAUUCACUGUUUAGUGAAUAAACCCUCAAUUUAACAUCUCCCACUCAAAGCUCUUUAUUCACUUACUCGCAGCACCAUAGCAAUUACUGAACUGCAAAGACUAUUCUAGUCUUAAUCACAUGGAAAAUCCUUUCAUGCUGCUUCUCUCUAAAUGUUUUACUUUUCACACAAAGCUACCUACUGCUCUGUACAAUGUAGCCAGAAGUGAGACUUGCACUGAAACAACGGAGUUUCAGCUCGAUUUAUUAACAAUCUACAAAUUAUGUGAGAAAACAUAAAUAAUAUACAAAGCUUGGUACGUCCAAUGCAUGCAGCUUGAAGCCAAGAAAAAUACACUCCUCAGGUCUUUUAAAAAAAAACAAAAUGUAUUUGCAUGGAAUAGAAGAGAAUAGUCAGUUACUGUAAUAAACUUACAAUAAAAGUGCAUGCAUGCAGUGGUUGCAUUGCCUUUGCCUCACAUAGAAACAUUAGAAGAUCUACAGCGCCUUUGCCACGCAUCGCCGAUCCUGUGCUUCUUAAAGAGAAGCAUUGACUCCAAACAAGGUUGUAAAGGGUCACUGUAACCAUUUUUUGGGGGGGUGAACAUUUUUGUAUUUAUUUUUUUUUUACACUUACCUGGAAUCCAGCCACGGCUGUAGUUCCUGACCACCCUGCCCUCCACACCUCCAUCGACCGUUGGCAAAGGCCUUGCACAGUUCAAACAAAGGCUUGAUUGGACAGUUUUGCCUGCUCAGAGUGCAUGCAUACAAACUAAGUCAGCAAGGGGAAGUGGGAAGCACUCCUGAGGUUAUAGGCAGGGCUCAUCUCCGUUAAGGAGGGGAGGAACACCGUACCUGCAGUGGAGAAGCUCAGUACGGCCAUUGCCAGUAUGCAGUACAUGCUGAUGACAGAUUUGGGGUUUUUUUUGCACAGGAUUCAUAUUUUGUCUUUCCGGACUGCCAGUCACGUGUGCUAACUAGAACUUGACACAAAAGUGCAGAUUACUCUGUAUGUACAGAGUUUCAUGCAGAAAUUCACAUACAGGUUCCUACCACCAUUACCACUUCAAGUCACUGAAGUGGUCAUUGUGGAAUGAGUAACCCUUUAAGGAGGAAGUACCUCUACUGGCUGUCAGUCUUUUGUUGUAGACAUUGCUGUUUCUCAAAAACUACAAUCUUUUACAUUGCCAGACGUAAGGGACAGAAUCUAUUUUGGUGCUUAGUGUGUCCCUUUUAAGUUCUAGUAAAUUCUGAAAUUUCUUUCAAGCAAAACGUUUCCAAUUAUUGUAUUUUUAUUUUUUUUAUAUUUAAAAGUUAACAAAAUGAUUCCUUUUGAAAGCUCUUUUCUACAGUAAAAACUAUUAAUGUGUAUCCUUCAACCCCCGAAACACAUGCCCUAUUCAUGAUUUACACCUGUUGUCCCUUUGCUGUAAAACUACACUUGUGUCAAUAGCUGCUUUUUAAAAUCACGACCUCUCAUGUCUUAACAAAGCUGAGAAUCAAAUCCUGUUAUUCAGCCAUAGAACAUCCACUCCUUCUGCAUUGUUACCACUGUUCUGUAAUUCGUCUCUCCAUAUUCCCCUAACUGCUAUAGAACGUAUGUUCUUUUUGUUAUUUGUAUCCAGCUAAGAAAUUCUACAGAUUAUUUGAAGGCAACCUCUAGGAAUAUAUUUAAUUUGCCGAGGUAGAUGGUACAAUUCUCCAGCCAUUCAAGCUAUUAGCAGGGUUUAAAGGAAUUUUGCAUCCAUUAUAUUUUCUGUAAAACCCAUUCCUUAAUGAUGUCAAGAAAGCCAGGCGCAUACAGCAAAUGUUAUGAGGGUGAUAUUAGAAAAGAGGGAUAGGAGUUGCAACUCAUACAGGCCUUGUCUGUCUAUUAGAGGGUCACAUUGCAGUCCUGCUGUGAGCUAUAAUCACUAGGAUGGUGGCCUGUUGACGUUUAUUUUACAGCUGUCAAACUGCUAAUACGAUCACGGUUAAAAAUUAAGUGCAGAUGGUUGGUGAUUAUUAAGUCAUGGUUGUUAACCAGAGCAUUGCUUGUCCCUGUGGCUGGCUGCCAUAAUAUAAAGAUUAAAAAAUAUCACAUACUUGACCCUUUUCCAUAAUCAUAUUCUUGUAGACUUCACCAUUCCCUGCCAGAGGUGCAGGGGGCAUACCCUGUGGCUACAAGAAUUUACUACUGACAUGAGUUGUAUCAGUCUUAUUGACAAAGUGGAAAAGGAUUGAUAUGUACUCAAAACUGUUCUGGCUAUGGGAUGGGCAUACACUGCAAACAGCACUGGAAAACAUAAAACAAAUUUAGUGCAACACUGACAGCUCUAUUUACUAAAGUGAGAAUUCAACGUGUGACAAAUUUUAAAGGAACACUGAAGUCACCCAGUCUCCGUUUCUCUUGAUAAUAGAAUGUUAAUUUUAUUCGAGUUAAAAUUCAAAGUGAGGCAUGUUAAAUUUAAGGUAAAAGUAAUUGGAAAAAAUCAGAUAUGCUUUAAGUUUGGCUACUUGGGCCUUAACCCCUUCACUACAAAGUAAUGGGGUUACAGAUAAAUACAUAGAAUUGCUCAAUAUGUAACAGACUUUCUUCCUCAUAUAGAAUAUGAUCCUCUCACCUAUACAUUGUAUAAUAUGUAUGUAAUCAAAAAUGGCUUGGCAGUUACCCCUUCAACCUUAAUUUUCAAAUAAAUGCCUUGGUGCAAUCCCACGUUGAGGUAUAUGAAAAAUUUACGAAGGGGUGCGCUCUGAGAAUUGGUCGAAACGUCUAUCAAGUACUUUUGUGAUUUAAUGUUUGAAUAAAAACUAAUUUGAUUGUUUAAAGACCUCAGAGUGCACCCUUUCUUAAAUUUUCUUUGUGUGUGUAUAAUAUAAAAUAUAUUAUAUAUAUUUUUAUUUUUAUUUUUUUUUUUUUGCAGGAAGGUUUAUGCAAUAUGUGAUCAUAUACUGUAACUAAAGCUCCAUUAUUUUUGCCUAGGUGAGGUGUUUCUAAAUAAAACUAUUACAAUAUGUGAGACUUGAAAUUGCUGUUUAGUGAAUGAGUGAGUGUGCUGGAUUUUGUAUGUUGUAUAAAUUGGACCUAGCAGCACCAGAGAGAGAGAGAGAGAGAGAGAGAGAGAGUGUAUCAGUUGUAAUCAAAAUUAUUCAACACCCAUUGAAAACCAGGUUUAUUAAAAUCUACAGACUUUAAACUGUUUGCAAUGAACAAAUCUAACAAUCAAGCUAUUUUUGUUUUACAUUUUGCCUUUUCAUGGCUUUGCAAGAGAAUAUUCACUCACUAACAGGUUAAUGGUUAAAAUUUAAACUCAAUAGAACGCCUUCAAUUAGCUAGGACCUAUCCAGGAUUUCAUUGCAAAUGACUGCUAAACAUUAAAUUAAGGUUAACACUCACCAUAAAAUCACCAGAGUUAGGAUUGAUUUGAGCCCUCCCUUCUCUGAUUCUUUUAGUUUAAGACUACCUUGGGAACUGAGGAUAUGCAUUUCUAUGGAUGUUUGGAGACCGUUCCAAUCUCUGUUUCUCAUAAUAUUAGAAUGUUUGUUUAUUUUAUUCUAGUCAUAUAGUGUAGCACUGUGCUUGUUUUACAUUUUUGCCUUUUUCAAAAUUAGACCCGUUUGCAGCGUUACAAGACUUCUUGCUAGUCACUUCACAUGUGAAGGAGGUAUAUUUGGCCAUGCCAAGGGGCUUAUUCACCAAACACAGCAUUGUAGAGAACUGAAAAAGCAAUUGUAAUAUUUAAGCUACAGUAGCAAACCUGUGAUUAUAACUGGGUUGGAGAAUUUUUCUAAAUCUGCAUUUUUGCCUGUAUCUUGCAAUUCAGUUUAUAAUUCCCUGCACUCAAAUGGUUGGUAAAUAAACCUCUGUAAAUGUCCAGAAAAGGCUUUCUGCCUACUGUUCAUGUCCCGUGGCAGCUGAAUUAACUUUAAAGGGACACUAUAUAGUCACCAGAACUAUAACUUAAUGUGGUUGUUUUGGUGAGUAUAAUAGUUGCCUUCAGGCCUUUUUCAUGCAAACACUGCCUUUUCAGAGAAAAGGCAGUGUUUACAUUGCCCCUAGGGUCUCCUCAGAUGGCCACUGGAGGUGCUUCCUGGCUCAGUGCUGCACAGUAAGCAGUCCUGCCGUUCAGCGUCCCCACGUUCUGCAUGGAGAAGCUGAAUUUUUCUCAUAGAUGCAUUGAGUCAAUGCAUCUCUAUGAGGAGGUCCUGACUGGCAUUGGAUUGGCUAAAAAAUAAUCCAUUUUGAUUGUCACAAAGGGGGCGGAGCCAGCGCCAGCAGACUCACGCAGCGCUGAAAAUAAGGUGGGUUUUAAACUUUUAUAGGGGGGCAAGCAACCUAAAUGGUGGGUUUAGCACUAUAGGGUCAGGAAUAUGUGUGUUCCUGACCCUAUAGUGAUCCUUUAACACCGCUAUGCAUGAAGUGAUGACUAUUAUAUGACAUUAUGUAGUUAUUAAUCUACAUCAGGGGUGCCCAAACAGUAGAUCUCCAGAUGUUGUACAACUACAGUUACCAUGAUACUUUGCAUGUCUCUCAAAUGACUUGGAAUGGCAAAGUAUCAUUAAAGCUGUAGUUUUAAAACAUAUGGGUAUCAACCUUCUGGGCACCCCUGAUAUGCAUAAUAUAGUAUUCUAAACUGUAGAAUCUCCCGUCCUUCUUGUCUUGUGUGACUAUAGUGGAUGUAUUUAUAAUCUUCAUACUGACUCCGAUAGCAAGUGAGUUACAUUUAGAGUCUGGAAAUCUUGUCAAAGCUGACAUAUCCCAGGCUACCCCACUGGUAUGCUAGCAUAGUGCUUACUGAUAACUAUAUAUUCAGAUAUGAUGUAAAGACAAACUGUUCAAAUGGUUUAAGGGUUUGUGAGAUAAAAAUAAAAAGUCAGAGGAACAUUUUAUUUUUUUCACUUUUUUUGAAAUAAAAAAAAAAUCAAGGUUUGUUUAUAGAAUUCUGGCUCCAACUGUAAAUGUCAAACGCUGAAUGCAAUUAUAACAAAUACACAUUCAUAGUAUAAUAGUUAAUGUAUUCCUCAUUUGUUUUCUCCCUUAGGAAAGAAGGCUUAUCGAAAUGUGGGAAGUGUAAGCAGGCGUUUUACUGUAACGUUGAAUGCCAGGUAUGACUGCAACGCUACUGACUUGCUGUCCUAUAUAUCUGACUGUAAUUGAAUUUGAAUAUCCGUAAUUGUUUAACUAUUUGCAUGCUGGGUUUUUGAGGUCCUAAUCCAGCAUUUAUGAAUCCCCAUUCUAAGUGCGGAUUCUAGAGGAUUAGCAUGAAUCUAGUUCCAAUUUAUUAAAAUUUAAACUCAACAAACUUGUAGUAUACCUGUACUUAGUGUCUUAUUCACCCAAGCAGUUUAGUUACUCGAUUGCUAACCAUAAAUGAGCUAUUAAUCACAAUACAAUUUGAAAUGCUGGUCACUUUUUCUUCAACUCUGUAUGAUCCUGCCCGAGGAUACAUUUUAAUUAUCCAUGCCUACAGGGGGAAUACUCACUCAGUCACAAAUUGGAUUUAGUUUAUCUUAAUGAUUAAAACUUUUCCAAAAGUUGUAUGGUUUUUAAAGCCUUGCCGAAUAAAUGAUCUUCAUCUUUAGUGGUUUAAGAUGCUUCAAAGCCAUUGGGGACUGUGUGUAAUUUUCUGCAUACUAUUUAUAAGGAAUAGACCGGAUAGAGAUAUAUAUAUAUUUUUUUUUUUUUUAUGUGUUCUUCCAGUUUUCUUUUUAAAGAUAUUUUGUCGAAAAUUGCAUUGUUCUUCACUUAUGGUGUCCGUGUUUGGUGAUACGUCUAACAAAAAAGUGUCUCUCCAAGGAUGCCCUAUAAGACUAAGUCUGCAAGAAAAUGAUCUAUUUUCGCAGCCAUUGCUAGUGACCGCUGUGGAAACUGAGUAAAUGUAAUGACAGAAUCUUUGCUUUUUGUCAUGUUUUUGACAACAUGGGACUUAAUCACAAAACAAAAGUCCCUAUUUUGUGUUAUCCUUUGACUGUUGGAAUUUCAGUAACAUUCCACCAGCUUCAACAUGAGUAUUUUAUAAACCUUCUGUCUUUAUGACCUACUUAAAAUGAAUAUCAUUAAAAAUGGCUUCCCUAUUAUGGAGAAGAACCCCUGUAGGUACUAUAAUACCCCUGUCGGGUGUAAGAAGUACCCCUGCAGGUCUAAAAUAAAUUUUACCCCUGUAAUACUAAAUCUACCUCAAGAAAAUAAUUUUCUAUUGAUUUUUAAAUUCCAAAUUAAUUGUGUAGACCCUGAUAUUUAAGUUAAUCCCAUAUUGGAGAGCAAGCCUUAUUAAAGGUAGUAAAGAAAAUAUAUAUAUAUAUAUAUAUAUAUAAUAUUCUAUAUUUUGCAAGAAAAAGUAUGUGAACCCUUUUGGAAUGAUAUGGAUUUCUGCACAAAUUGGUCAUAAAAUGUGAUCUGAUCAUCUAAGUCACAACAAUAGACAAUCACAGUCUGCUUAAACUAAUAACACACAAAGCAUGAAAUGUUGCCAUGUUUUUAUUGAACACACCAUGUAAACAUUCACAGUGCAGGUGGAAAAAGUAUGCAGAAAUCCAUAAUUCCAAAGGGUUCACAUACUUUUUCUUGCAAUUGUGUGUGUGUUUUAAUAUGUUUAUAUGUGUGUGUGUAUAUACAAUGUUAAACAAAAAUCUGCACACCAGUCAAGCCAUAAGACUUGCUUUUCCCACAGAAAUCCCAAAACUGCAGCGAUGUUAUAACCGCAAAGGAUUCUGGAUUACUGGUUUGCUUAUUGAGGCUUGGGAAGCAAAAUAACAAUCAGUACCACAAACAAAGGAAGAUUAAAAGCCCAUGAGAAAAUUCAGAGCAAGUGUAUGCUCAUUUCCAAUCUUAAAGGGGCAUUUUUUUUUUUAUAUAUAUCGUAACCCAGAGAGCUACCAAGAGCUGCAUAUUGUACCAUUCUAUAUAUUCUGUACUUUUUGAAAAACCUUUUAUAUAUUUUUUUUUAUUUUUUUUUAACGUUUGUGACAAACUUCCAAUUGGCUCGGUUUUUGUCUCUGGUGAAGGUUUGGUUGAAUUGAUUGACAUAAUGAUGUUGACCUAGACCAGCUCCACAUUGGUACGAUUUAAGUAGGCAUUCGUCAAGAUUUAAUAAACAUGGAAAAUAUCCGUUCUGCUAUUGCAAUAAUAAUGCACGGUCACGUUGUCCGUUUCAGCAAAAAGACGUUUGACUAUGACCUAUGCUUUUGUCUUGCUGCUUUCUGCUGGAAGAAGUGAAGAUUCUAUCCUUUCAUUAGCAAGUUUUUUUUUUUGUUUUUUUUUUAAAGAGUGUCAUCCUAUAUGUGUAAAGGAAACAUAUUUUACUUGACCUUUUGUCUGCAGAGAAGACAACUGCAUCCUUUUGUUAUUGCUGUAACGUGUUUUUUCUAACCAUGUAGAAAGGAGACUGGCCUAUGCACAAGUUGGAAUGCUCUUCGAUGUGUGCUUACGGACAGAACUGGAAUCCUUCGGAAACUGUAAGGCUCACUGCAAGGAUAAUAGCCAAACAGGUGAGAUGAGACAGGAAGUCACAGUUUGUUCUCUUCAGAAGAAAUUAAGAUUUAUGCCUCACAAAAUGAUUUUUGUUCCUGUACAGGAACACGUGUGCAAGCUAUUCAGCUUUUCGAUGCAUACUAACUCCAUUCUGGCUAAACUGGGCUUGGUUAGAUAAUUUCUAUGAGCAGCUACUAUUCCUAAAAUGUUAUCUAGCUGAGCUCACAAAAUCUCAAGUGCAAAAGGUAGCCGAUAUUAACCAUAAUCUAAUAUUCUUCUAUUCCUUUAAAGGACCACUAUAGUGCCCUGAGGGUGCCCCCCUCCCGCCGGGCUGGAUGGAAAGGAAGGGGUUAAACUUUCCUCUUUUUCCAGCGCCGGGCGGGGAGCUCCCCUCCUCUCCUCCUUCUCCUCCUCUUCGGCUGAAUGCGCAUGUGCUGCAGGAGCCGCGCGCAUUCAGCCAGUCCAUAGGAAAUCAUUCUCAAUGCUUUCCUAUGGACGCUGGCGUCUUCUCACUGUGAUUUUCUCAGUGAGAAACGCGGAAGCCCUCUAGUGGCUGUCAAUGAGACAGCCACUAAAGGCUGGAUUAACCCUAACAUAAACAUAGCAGUUUCAGAGAAACUGCUAUGUUUAUAGUAAAAAGGGUUAACCCUAGAUGGGCUAGGCACCCAGACCACCUCAUUAAGCUGAAGUGGUCUGGGUGCCUAUAAUGGUCCUUUAAAUGUGUGAUUCGUUUCUUCACCUUAAAUGUGUGCAAUCCUUAUUACAUCGAAAAAUAUUGAAAUAUGUUGAUGGAAGGCAAGGUCUACUUGUGACAAGACUUCAUAAAUCUGCCUUACGCUUUUUUUUUAUUUUUUUUUUUUUAAUGGUGGUAGUAGCAGAUCAAAUCACCUCCUCUUUUAACUACCGUAUAAUCAGUGCUCAUUAUAAAAGGCACCAUGUAUAGCCAAACUUCUGUUGAUUCUUUGGUUUUGUUUAAAAGAUUUGAUUAAUGAUUUGCAGUAUGGUUGAAAUCUUGAGAUCAGUGGAAAGUUUGUAGUACACCCUUCUGAGUCCUAUAUAACCCAAAAUAUUAAACUAGAAUCCUCACAAAAAAUGUACUAAACGUUUAAUUUACUCUUGAGUAGAAAUGCUUUUCGGACCCCUUUAUUACUUGGUUAUUCGUUCAAUCUACUCCAAAAUACUAAGAGACCAUCAUAGUCUUUAUUAAUAUUGAACUCUGACCUGCAUAGUCUCUCAAUCUCUGUAGGGUAGUCUGACUCACUUGCUACUGUUGUUGGUGGGAGUGUACAAGUGUAUUCUAUUGUUGAUGUGCCUUUGAGCAAAGGGUAGCAAUCAUGAUGGGUAUUUUACCUUAUGCUCUUUUAAAAAAAUAUACUUUUCUGACCAUACAUUUAGCCAGGAGAUUUGUUAGGUUUUUCUUACAAUUUACAGGAUUCUUAUUUAUAAAUAGGUCUUUCUCACAGCUGUCAGUCAAAUCUUCUGAAGAAUUGGCUCACAAGGGGGAGAGCGGUCCUUCUGCUUUCCAUGCCAAGCAGACCACAGUACAUGCGCUGUGGUUGCUAUGGUAACUCCAUAGCUGUUGCUGCUAGCACGUAUAGAAAGUAUAGUUCAGACACCAGUAUACUGGCACUAAAGCUCCCUGUGUCUCCCUCAUACCCCACUGCCCCCAACCACGGGCAAAUAAAAGUAAACCCUUUAUUUACAGUACUUUCCAUAUCCCUGGGCGCUGGGUUGACGCUUGCUCCCCUCCGAGGUCGCACAACAAGUGAGUUUAUGGACAUGUGUGACAAAUGCUGCGCAUGCAUUAGACCUAUCAAUAGGAAGGCAUUGAAUCUGUGCUGAUGCUGAGUGUCCACAUGCAGAGGAUGUCCAGCAUCAGAUACCGGACCAAAGUUCAGUUUCGAUUCAGGAAAACCUCUAGUGGCUAUCUGGUAUACAGCCACUGUGAGCAGACUUAGUGCUGCAAUGUAAACAUUGCAGUUUCUCUGGAUCUGCAAUGUUUAACAUUGCAACACUAGGUGCAAAUGGAGCAUUGCACCUUGACCACUUCAAGUAGCUGAAGUGGUCUGGGUGCCUACAGUGUCCCUUUAAGCUUAACUUGUUUUGGUGCUUGUGGUGUCUCUUUAAUACAUUUGGCUAAGCUUUUCGAAAGAUUACAGAUUGUUAGAAAACCUUUUCAAAUGAUUUGUCUCUAAUGGUGACUUCUGUAGAUAAUUUGGAAACUCUCUUUUUCUAACAGAUUGUGAUUGUUUGUUUGAAAAGCUUAUCAAAGAUAAUUAAAUCAAGGCCUUUGUGCCUUCUUGAUCUCCACUAAAUUAUCUUUCUAAAAUACUGUCAAAUUUUUUUAUUUUUUUUCUGGAAACGAAAUAGAAGUUAUGCAAUAAAGAGUAGAAUACCAGCCCACAAUUAUUGUUUCAAGGUCAUAGUUAAACUAAAAGUUAAACACUUAAUCGGUUCUCAAUAUCUCGCUUAACUAUUGAAGAUUGAAUACUUUAAAAUAUUUCCAAGGUAAUUUUCAUUUCUAAAGCACUGUUGGAUAAUGUGGGAGGCUGAACACUUGAGAUUUUUUUUUUUUUUUUUUAAAUGUAUUUCAUUUUUAAUCUUUCAACUAAAGAAAAAUGAUGUGGCAAGAGUUUAGUUGACAAGCCUGGAGCAUUGCUUCUGUGAUCACUCUCAAAAAACAGUCUACAGAUCCACAAUUGAAUGAUGCUCUUUCAUAAGAUAUGACUUACUGGCAAGAAUCUAUAAUUGCUAGCUCUUAGGAAUAAACAGCAUAUACUGUAUUGAAGCUUAGUAUGCUAAGUACAGUCCUCGUAACCUCAGCUGCUAGACCACCUGCAAACACAUAUUUAAUAGCCAAACGUACAAAGAAGGGGCCCGAGGCCAACAGCUGAGCUCUGCAUUUAUACUUUGUCAACAGUGAACAGAUUCACUUACCCCAAAGUGAGACUUGCAAGUUUGCCUUAUUUGGAUGCAUUCGAAUCAAAAGGGAGAAAAAUACAUAUUUAAAUAAACCUUGGGUAUUUUUUUAUUUUUACCUUUUUGGGGGGGGGUGGGGGGGGGGCAGGGUUCCUUUCCACUUCAUUGUGCUAAAUACAGCUUGUGGCGCUGUGCAUGUGUUUUAUUUUUAACCAGUACUUGCGACGGUGCCUGUGAAUCUAAUUAUUUCUUACUAAAUAUAUUUUUGCAAUUUUAAAAUAAUUUUUUGUAUUUUAAAUCUUAGAAAACACAGACAGAACGAACGCAGGCAGAGCGGUUCCUGACAGUUAAGGAGUUUGAAUCUCGUAAGAAUUACAAUCACUUUCAAUGUUCUAUUUUAUUUAGAUCUGUUUUAUAGAUGCGUGUGACUGUAAGCCUGUUUUCUCACAGUCACGCUAUUUGUUCUAUGAUGCGUUUUUAUGAAUAUAUGUUAAAGUAAAGUGGUUAAAACUUCUAAAAUUAUUAAGCAUUCUAUAUAAGCAAUUUGCACAGUGAGAGUUCUGAAAAAAUGUUGAAACAUAUAAAAUAUGUAAUUUUUAUUUAUAAUCAAAGAGUAUGUGUGUGUGUGUGUAUGUGUAUAUAUAUAUGUAUGUAUGUAUGUAUGUAUGUAUGUAUGUAUAUGUGUAUGUAUGUAUAUAUAAUCUCCAGUGGAUUGUCACUUUAAGCUUGCUUACAUGUAGUUUUUCUAUAAUGAAAACAAAAUUAUUUGCAAUACAAAUUUUAGAAGCUAUGAUUUCUUCCCACCUCAUUUUUAGUAGUGCUACAAUUUUUUCCAGAAUGUCCUCUGCUAAGGUCCAAAAGUUAGGUGUGUGUGUGUUUUUUUUUUUUUUUGUUUUUAGGAGUUGCAGAGUGCUGCAGCAGAAGAUGACAAAGUUGAUUGUGGUUAGUGCAGGCCAAAUUUCAAGUCCUACACGACUAGCCAGGCCUUAAAAUGUACUCCCCUGUGCAUGGCAGAAUCACCAGAUGUGAAUUUGCUAGUGACAACUGAUACAUUUUCACUUGCUAGUGACAAGUUGGAGGAUCACAACAUCAACAUACAUUGACUAAUUUGAACAUGAUUUAAAUGUAUCACUGCAUUUUUCCCAGGCCUUGCAUGUUGUUCUAUAACCUACAAACUUAUGUUUUAAUUUUUUUUUUUAUAAAGCAUCAUUAUUUAUUGUCUAUAACUCAAGUUGAUACAGUGUAUGUACAUUGACGCAGCUGUACCAUGCAAGGACCUUCUCUUUGCAAAACCCAAAUGCACAUGGGGAUAGUACCCACGUUCAUGAAUGAUGUUCCUACAAACUUGGAGAUACAGCUAUCAAAUAAUCAUUUCAGACUGAUUUUUAGUUCUCCUAUGCUGCCAUUCCAGUGGGUGGUAGGAAGGAAACUGGAGUAUUGUUUUGAGCUAUCAAACCUAAAACCAUAUUUAUAUAAAAAAAAAAAAAGGGGGGGGCUUUUUAAAAAUAAUAAUUUUUUUGUAUUUUUUUUUUUUUCCAUGGAUGGUAAACAUGAAUUAUGCUGAAAUAAUGUGAAAGGAUAUGAACUUACAUUUACCUAAUACAUUACAGACUGAAAGAGCACAUUAAGUCUAAAACACAGUUAUGACAACCUCUCAAGCAUUGUUGCUUGUUUUAGGUUUAUCUGCUUUUAUCCUAUGGACAACUACCAGACACUCUGGUUUGGUAAGUGGGUUAUCCAUACUAUGAGUUGGUUUGGUGAGGUAGAUGUCCACCUCUAGAUAAUAACCUUCAAUAAAAUUAGUUUUAUAUAAACCGACAGAGCUUCUAUCAAGGAGUACAGUACUUUUGUAAGGGUGCCCCUGAUUACAUCCUGGGACACACUUCUCAUUUGCCACAAAAUAUGUGGACCUGUUUUUAAGCAGGGCCAGCUGUAUUCCACUUGAAGGCAGGCUUCACACUAUACUUUUUUUUUUUUUUUCAUCUUUUCAGAUCUUGAUAAACUCGACAAUGAAAAGAAAGAGCUGAUUGAAAAUGACAUUGCUGCCUUGCACCACUAUUAUUCCAAGAGUUUGCAUUAUUCUGAUAAUUCCGCUCUUGAAGUUCUGUUUGCACAGGUAAGAAGCCACAAUUGGUUGCAAUUAAACUGGGCGUUUGUUCAAACACUUUUGGGCAGUUCAUGAGCCUGUCUGAUUGGACACUGUGAAUUCACUGUUGCACGUUUUGUGUGAUUCUCCAUACUCUUCAGUUCUUUAUGUACUCUGCAGCCUUGAAAUCUAGUCUGCACCUUUGGUGCUGGUGGGUCAAAUUUGCUUACUGUUUAGGUAAUUUACAUACAAGGUGGUUUCGUUUUAAAGAUGUGCUUUGACACUAGAGUCAUGUUUCCUGUAGGAUAAGUGUGCUGUGUUCACUCUGAUCCAGUCACUCAUCCGGCUCUCUCGAACUGUCUGAAUGUGAUUUUGGGAUUGAUACAGCCAUGUAGACUUUGUCUUAUUCUGUGCUUAUUUUGUGCUGUCCUUUAAGUUGAAGAUGGGUUUUAACACAAGUAUUGAUGGACUUUGAAUCAAGGCUGUCGAUCUGUUUUUCCAUUCCUGUUGUCAUUGUAACCUUUUUCAGCCUGUCAAUAGUGUAAACAUGAUUUGUUACAUAAAGCUGUAACGUAGCAACUCUAUCAGGGUCAUGCACUAAACUCCACGUUUUACUGAACAAAAUCUCAAUGGCAACAUUAAGUCAUAACAAAUUUUGAAAAAUUCUUCAGUGUGGCUAUGGAAACACUUUGCUAGAAUUUCAAGUUUAGUGAAUAAUCCCCGAAAAUAUGACUAAAAAAAAAACCUUUCAGAGUAUAUACCAAAAACUAGACUGUUGCUUAGAGGUAAAGCCCCUGUGAUGCUAUGUUACAUUAUAUAGAAACCUAGAAUGUGACGGAAGAUAAGAGCCAUUCAGCCCUUCUAGUGUGCCCAGUUUUAAUACUUUAAUUAGUCCCUGGCCUUAUCUUAUAGUUAAGAUAGCCUUAUGCCUAUCCCACGCAUGCUUAAACUCCUUUACUGUGUUAACCUCUACCGCUUCAGCUAGAAGGCUAUUCCAUGCAUCCACUACCCUCUCAGUAAAGUAAUACUUCCUGAUAUUAUUUUUAAACUUUUGCCCAUCUAAUUUAAGACUAUGUCCUCUUGUUGUGGUAGUUUUUCUUCUUUGAAAUAUAGUCUCCUCCUUUACUGUGUUUAUUCCCUUUUAUAUAUUUAAAUGUUUCUAUCAUAUCCCCCCUGUCUCGUCUUUCCUCCAAGCUAUACAUGUUAAGAUCCUUUAACCUUUCCUGGUAAGUUUUAUCCCGCAAUCCAUGAACCAGUUUAGUAGCCCUUCUCUGAACCCUCUCUAAGGUAUCAAUAUCCUUCUGAAGAUACGGUCUCCAGUACUGUGUACAAUACUCCAAGUGAGGUCUCACCAGUGUUCUGUACAAUGGCAUGAGCACUUCCCUCUUUCUACUGCUAAUACCUCUCCCUAUACAACCAAGCAUUCUGCUAGCAUUUCCUGCUGCUCUAUUACAUUGUCUGCCUACCUUUAAGUCAUCAGAAAUAAUCACCCCUAAAUCCCUUUCCUCAUAUGUUGAGGUUAGGACUCUAUCAAAUAUUCUGUACUCUGCCCUUGGGUUUUUACGUCCAAGAUGCAUUAUCUUGCACUUAUCCACAUUAAAUGUCAGCUGCCACAGCUCUGACCAUUUUUCUAGUUUAUCUAAAUCAUUUGCCAUUUGGCUUAUCCCUCCUGGAACAUCAACCCUGUUGCAAAUUUUAGUAUCAUCAGCAAAAAGACACAUCUUACCAUCAAGACCUUCUGCAAUAUCACUAAUAAAAAUAUUAAAGAGAAUGGGUCCAAGUACAGAUCCCUGAGGUACCCCACUAGUGACAAGCCCAAGCUUCGAUAUAUUCCAUUGACUACAACCCUCUGUUGCCUGUCACUCAGCCACUGCCUUACCCAUUCAACAAUAUUGGAAUCCAAACUUAAAGAUUGCAGUUUAUUGAUUAGCUUUCCAUGUGGUUAUUCCCUAAACUAUGAAUUCUGGGUAACUGACAAGUGACUUGCAAAUUAAAAAGCCAACAUAACUCGAUUACAAAGUUCUUCAACAAUUCGAAUAGUUUGUUAUGAAAUGUGCAAUUCUUGUAUCACUUCUCGACACUAUUUUGGAUUAUUGAAAAACAAAAUGCAUAAAAACCUUUCUUCUAGUCUGUCGCACUGUAAUAAGGAUACUUCAGAUCAGGGGUAGGCAACCUUCGGCACUCCAGGUGUUGUAAACUACACCUCCCCUGCUGCUUUGUCAGCAUUAUGACUUUAAGAGCAUUAUGGGGGAUGUAGUCCACAACCCCUAGAGUGACGAAGUUUGCCUGCUUCUGCCUUAUGGUUUGCUUGUGUGUUUUUUGUUUUUUUUAUUUAACAUUGCUUGCUGAUCUUGUUAAACUGGAUAUCUUUUAUAAAAUAAAAGUUAAAAUACUCCUUUCUCCUCUUUCCCCAAUAAAGUAUAUACAAUAUUAAAAUAACCAGAGGAUUAUAGCUUUAAGUGAUCUGUUAAUCUUUUAUUCCCGUAGGUUAACUGCAAUGGAUUCACGAUUGAAGACGAGGAACUCUCUCAUUUGGGAUCAGCUGUAUUUCCAGAGUAUGUUUAUUUUUAUUUUAUAAUGUGCUUCCAUGGUUUUAUUGUAACUGCAAAGUGCAUGUGACAGAUGGAUGCCACAAAUGAAGAUAAAAUGCACCUCAAUUAUUUUUAACACUUUUAAUGUCUUUUCUAGCUUUAAGGCUAAACAUGGUUCCAAAUAAGAUUUAUUUUUAUAUGCAAAGAUUUUAUCUCCCUAACUGGCUUUCACGUUAUGUCUGAUAAUCCCUAAAUCAUGAUAUGUUUACAAUACUUGAAUACCCAGAUUCGGUAACUAGUAAUCCCUGGUAGCUUCCAUUAACCUUAAUGGGAGUACCGUGCUGUUUGUGUAUAAUGAAGAAUGUAUUCAGAUUCCAGCCACAUGUAAGAUGUAAUUGGAAGUGCAGGAGUAUUUAUAGCAAAGUUAUGCCCGUUAGUUUGAAAAGCUGAAUGAAAAGAUUAUUCUGGGGCUGUGGUUGGGUGACACCACAGAUUGAUAUGUCUGUCAAUUAAAAAGUGGAUGCAUACGGGGGCAGGGUCAGACUGGCAUGGUGGAGAGAAGUGUUUUCAUAGAGCUCCUCUCCUCUACUGACAAAAAAACUGAUUUUAGCCUUAAGCUCGAUUUGGCUGACAUCCUACAACUUACCUGCUUCUUGCCCAAGCUGACAAUCCGUGCAAGGGUCAAAAACUCGACGAGCUCCUCUAUUACACGACCUGGAUCAUGCGCUCUAGAGCGCACCUGGUGGGAGAGGCGGACGAUCUCCCGGCCUGGAGUUGCCUGAUGGCAUUCAGCACUAUACAGGUUUGCAUCCCAGGGAAUCCUUUAUGUUUUUUAUUUUUAAAGACACAGCAAAAUCACUUAUACUGAUAUGUUAUUGUUUUAACUCAUGCAACCUGUAAUGUCUUUGCUUCAACAUGUAUCUGACAAUGCACUCCAAACAUAAUGAAAAAAAAAAAGUGGAUGCAUACAAUAUAAACCUUCCUACAGACCUGUAACUCUACUAAGGCAACCCUGCAGUAUUAUUAUUCUUUGUUUAUGAAGCGCCAACACUUACUGUAGCGCUGUACAAUUGGUAGAAGGAAAAAAACAAAGGUAUAAUAUAUCUAAGACCAACAAAUACAGGAGGUGUCAUUCCCAUGGGAAAUUACAAUCUAGUGUGUGUGUGUGUGUGUGUGUGUGUAUAUAUAUGUAUGUGUGUGUGUGUGUGUGUGUGUAUAUAUAUAUAUAUAUAUAUAUAUAUAUAUAUAUAUAUAUAUAUCUCUAUCUUAUUUUUUUUAUUUAUUUUUUUAAUCCCUGCUUAAUUUGUUAACUCUAAAAAAUUAAAUGGUCUAAUAUUUAGGUAGAUUCUUCAAAGUAUUUUAAUUUCUGGACCAUGGAAGGUUGGAUGGAAUCGGAAUUGGAUGUACCAAAUGACCAUAAUAGAAAUUAAAGGGAAGCUAUAGUGCUAGGAAUACAAAGUUGUAUUCCUUGCACAACCCUUCUUUCCCCCUGCUGCCACAGCCAAUAAAUGGUUAAAACUUUACCAGAUUCCAGCACCGAUGUCUCUUGGUGCUUGGUCAGGCUCUGCUCUGCCAACAUAGGGUACCUAAUGCGCAUGCACUGCGAGCACCUCAAGCACAUUAGGACUUCCCCAUAGGAAAGUAUGGAAUCAGUGUUUUCCUAUGAGGUUUUAGCUGACGCUGGAUGUCCUCAUGCAGAGCGUGAGGGCGUCAUUGAGCGGAUCUGAAGUUCGCUAAGGUCACGGUACACAGCCACUAGAGGUGGAGUUAACCCUGCAAGGUCAUUAUUCCAGUUUCUCAAUAACUGCAAUAACUACAAUUGUAGGAUUAAGGGGACAGGGAUACUGCACCCAGACCACUUCAAUGAGAUGAAGUGGUCUAGGUGCCUAUAGUGUCCCUUUUAAUGCGCAAGUAUAAUGGAGCCUCAAAGGUGUAUGCCAUUUUUAUUAACACUUUCUAUACAGUUUGUUUUUUAAAUAUAGAAAUAUAUUCUGUACAAUCCUGCCACAAGCCUUUUACGAUAGAGAUUCAUUAAUACACGGUCACUCUUUUCAAUUCUUAAAGUGUCUCGUCCGGGAUGCAUUAUUUCUCUUUAGUCUAUGAUCAGUUUCUGAUCUAUUUUGGUAAGGCUGAGCAGUGUCCUUUUUUUUUUAUAGCUCAUUCUGCGCAGCCCUAAUAUAAAGCGUGGAUGGGUUGAAUGGUCAGGGACAAGGUUAUAGACAAGGAGCUCUGAACAUAUCAGAAGGGAACGGAAUAUCACUGCAACAGAUUAAAUCUAAUCCUUCCAUCUCCAAGCACAAUAAUUCUUUAUGCAAAGCUCAGAUAUGCUUUCAUUUUCAGCUAUUAGUUGUGUGUUUUUUUUUUUUUGUUUUUUUUUUCAUAAGAAGGACCAAAUGUCAGAUUGAUUGUCCGUGGUAUAAUAUUCCCCUCAUGACCUUAACAUAAACCUUUCUGAUGCAGCUUGUAAACCGUGGAUUAAUCUGGGAUAUGUGCAUAAAUUAGAGAGUUCAUGUCUGCCUCUGGUCUCAGAAUAACUAUAUUUUUCCAAGUUAGAAAUGUAGUGGCAGUGUUACUGCUUACUUUGAAUUAUUAUUGCAGCCGAAUUAAAGAUUUAACUGUAGGGAAAGGUAGGAAUAACUGAGUUACAGCUCCAGGAAUUUCCAAUCAUGGAGUUUAUUCUACCUUGCUGCAAUUAACUCCUGAGUGGAAAUUACCGGGAUUGCAACUGCUAUUUCUACUUUGUAUUUUUUGGACUUGCAGGGCCUUUGGAAAAAAACUCCCAAUUCAUUUACACAGAGAGCAGAUCCUCCUGUCUAUCUUUUUGUUGCCAUUUAAGGAGGCUAAAGACGGCAAACUCUACUACACCUGUGUUGUGUGUGGUUUUUUUUUUUUUUGGCUUAGGUAGUCUGUGUACUCUUAGCAGCGAUUUUUGUAUUAUUAAAAACAAGCUGCAGCAAAUGUUGCUAAAACCAUUUAAUGCAGUUUGCAGGGUAGGUUGGUGCUAGUUAACAGCUGGCUUUUUUUGAGUGCUGAUCAGAGGACGCUUUGCAAUCAUUGUACCCUGUAAGCAGCCCCUUAUAAUUGUGGUUAUCUUUUUGUUAACUUUGAUGGGUCUUUUAGUAAAUCCAGUGUUUUUCUGUAAUUCCCUCAGUAAAUAUGAAAAGCAAUAAAUAUGCAGUUACUCGCUUUGUAAAACUACAACUGAUAAGUGUUCACAUUGCUAAGUGUUUCGAUUUAAUAUAUGUAGAACCCUUAUGUUUAUUGGAAAAAUAAUGUUACAUCAUUGUCUCCUGUUUGCGAGGACUCCUACCCUGAUUAUUUCCAGGACCCAGUCUGGCUAGCCUUCAGAAGGGAGCCCUGCAUUAACUCUCUGUAUUUUCACAUACAAUGCCUCUCUUCAAGGUAGUCAUGCACCAGACAGCCAUGUUUAUAAUAUGUUUAAAGCUAGAUUAUUCUUUUUCUUCCCCAGUGUUGCACUAAUGAAUCACAGCUGUUGUCCUAAUGUGAUUGUCACUUACAAAGGGACGAUUGCAGAAGUCAGAGCCGUGCAAGAAAUCAAUGCAGGAGAUGAGGUAAGAAAUUAUGUCAAAGCAAUUCUCUCAUUUAUCAGAAGACAUGUGUGGCAGAACAGUUAAUUACAUACCAUUUCUUAAAGUGCACCUUAAUUCGUGUUUCCUUUGACAAUUUUGCGUGUUUUGGAAUUAUUAAAAUGGCGUUUUAAAUGUGGAACAUUAAUGUAAUUAAAAUUCAUAAAAGCACAGCAUCAUUAGGGUGCCACUUAUUAUAGAAUUCAUUGAGAACCCCAAACACUGUAUCCAGUGCAUAGGUGUAUUCAUCAACCCUUGUGGAUAAUGCAUAUACUGUGGACUUUACCAGCCAUCCGUCUAGCCCAAGCCAAAAAAAUUUAUCUUGGUACUUCCUGAAAACAUGUUCUCAGAACAAGAACAUAAAAGGAUCCCAUGUAGUGCUUUGCCAGAUUCUGAAUUAUUGUGAAUUGAAAUCUAAAACAUAAAAUUCAGGCAGAUCUAGUGGACUAUGAGCUUAGAUUGUAAGGCAAAAGCCAAAUGUGACAAAAGUAUGUUUUACUUAUUUAAGGUAAACUUUUUUAUAGCUGCUUCUAUGCCCUUUAGAAAUCGUAAGAGCCAAAAAUCUUGUUAUAAAAUAGUUGAAAUCCGCAUAUAGUCAGCUGUGUCCCUGGCUGUAGAAGCCUCAGCAUCCACCAACUGUAAAGCGCUGCGGAAUUUGAUGGCGCUAUAUAAAUAACAUAAUAAUAAUGAUUUGUAUCUACAUUCUGUUUAAAGGUAUGCAGACAUGAUUGCAUACAGAUUAAAGAUGUCUGUUCUUCAAAUACAGAUCUCAUAGCCGUCUUAUUCUAAUAGUUAUGUGGGAAUUAUUUAACAAUACAAAACUUUUCACAUGCUAAUCUCCUUCUCUCUAUCCGAAGUUGUUUCUUCCAUCAUAUGAAGCCCUAUGGCUGAAUGUGAUUUGUGAAUUAUAAGCACACUAAAUUUAGUUGAUUGACAUGCUACGUUGGAUCAUGUUACCUUUGUCUGUAGCAGAUUUUGGAAUAAAAUCCUAUGAUAAAUUUAUUCCAGGUAACUGAACCCAGCCAAUGGUACAGAGGGAAAGCGGUGCAAUUACUUAUCAUCUUAUGUGUGCAGACGAACAUCAGUCGAGUUGGCUGCUAGAGGCAAACUCACUUCUGACACUUCCUUCAUCCUUAAUCCUGUCUUUGUGGGAGGCUGGUUACUGUUUGGAAUCUUGACGAAAGCCUCAAGAGGACUUAACACUAAGCAGAUAUUCCGCUUAAAUAAACUUGGACACGCUGUGGGAUCCAGCAACUCUCUGAACAAUGUAAAACCAACAGCUGCGGCUCUAUUCUCUUAGCCUGUCCUAUAUUUCCACCUUUUGGCUCUGUGUAUGAAUUGCACAAUAAACGAGUCUCAUCUUUUAUCCCCACAAUGCUGAACAGGAUAUGGAGUUUUAGUAAUUUAGGGUCCAGAGCCAUUUCAUAUCUUCAGCAUAGAAAAAAAACCGACCUCCCUGCUCUCGUGCAUCCAAUUAAAUCUGGAAUAAAUCUUCAUACGCAUCACAAAAUGUAAAGUGGAAUUGUAUAUAUUUGUCUCUAUUCCAAUUUCAUAUGAUUAGACUUGUUUUGCACUACAGGCACUAUUUUCAAUGUUGCUUCGCAUUUCUGUUAUGUCAAUAACUAUGGAUCUCAUGGUACUGAAACAUAGCACAAUUGAACCUGCAAUAGUAUCACAUCACAAGUCAUUCUUAUUCUGUGUAUUUCCAGAUCUUCACCAGCUACAUUGAUUUGCUGUACCCCACAGAAGAUCGCAAUGACCGAUUGAAGGACUCUUAUUUUUUCACUUGUGACUGCAAAGAAUGUAGCACCAAGCAAAAGGUAGGUGGGAUUUCAGUUAACAUCAAAGUUAAAUAUUCCCCCCCCCCUUUUUUUAAUUUUUUUUAAUUUUUUUUUUUUUUAUCUUAUUUUCAAACAAGUGAAGCUGUGUAAAUGCAGUUGUUGUGCAAUUGUUCUUAAAGGAACACUCUAGUGUUAGGCAUACAAAUAGGUAUAGUGCCCUAGUCCCUGUUUGUGCCCAGGUCCAUGCUGCAUGAGAAAUAAGGUUACUUAUUGAUGAUCUCACUGAUCUGUCAGUCCACCUGAUAGAAGUAAUGGGGUCUACCUCCAUUAGAGGAAGGUUAACCCUGCAAUGAAAACCUUAUCGUUCCUGCAGAAUGACAAAAGGUAAAAAGGCAUAGCUUUGCGUCUGCCAUAUCAGUCAUCCAUCAUGCUCUACUAAGCGUUGAGUAACAAAACUCCUUCGAUCUUUUGAAGUGAAUAUGGUGCCUCCAGUGUUUUUUACUGGUUUUAGACAGGAAUAAUAUUAGCUGGGGGGGAACAAAUUUAUCUAAACUAAAACUGUCUCAGUGACCCACUCUUUAAAUGCAGUAUAGCUUAUAACAAAAUUAAAUUCUGCAAAACAACUUCAUUAGACUCUUCCCUGUGCCAGAGGGGUCUCCGUUAUGCUGCUAAACAGUUUAUUGUGGGCACUUUCUUGGGGCCUGAUGAAUACAUUCUACCUAUUCCUACCUUUGGAAGACGCUGAAACCAUAUUCUGCUGGUCUACAACAUGUAAACCAUGCUUAUCAGGUGUUAAAAUUUCUUUUAUUCCUGUUUUUGUGUAACAUAAAAACAUCUAACAUGUUCUGUACCUUCAUGGUACUUAGUCACCAGUCCCCUUAAAGUGACACUAUAGGCACCCAGACCACUUCAGCUCAUUGAAGUGGUCUGGGUGCAGUGUCCCAGGUCCCUUAACCCUGCAAUUUUAUAUAUUCCAGUUUUUAAUAAACUUCAAUAAUUACCUUGCAGGGUUAACUCUACUCCUAGUGGAUGUGUACCAGACAGCCACUAGAGGAACAUCGGGAUGGUUAGGUGAAUUUUGGUCUGCACGAGGACAUCCAAAACCCCUCUAAAAUGCUUUUCUGUGGGGUAAGUCCCAAUGCGCUUGCCACACAUGUACAUUAGGUCCCCUGCUGAUUGGUGGAGGCAGAGCCUGAACCAGUGCCGAGGGACAACCGCACUGUUAUAAGGAAUAAGGCAGGGGGUCUCUAUAGGGAGCUCUAGAACUAUGAAAACAACUUUGUUUUCCUUGCGCUAUAGUUUCCUUUGAAUGACUAAUGACUGUGAAAGUGUUAAACUUGAGAGGAACAUAGUCCAACUCCUACCUGGGGCACUUUGAGCAGAUUUACGAUUUGAUCUAUCACAUUUGGAUGUUUAUGGGUCUGAGUAUCCUGUAAUGUCCCAUUGAUGUGAAUUAUGCCUGAUUUUAAAAAUAUUGUUAAUUAUCUGUGGACCAUUUUCUGGCUGACAUUUAACUUUAAAUCCUAUCUUCUGAUGGCUGUGUUUGCGUAUUACAACGUUACAAAGGGUAGCAUGGAAAGCACUGUGAAUUCUGACGGUCACAGGUUAUGACCUUUAGAUUGCAGACUUGCAAAUAUGACUGUCCAAACACAUUUUGAUUGUAAUAUACUUUGUGUAGCGUGUUCCGUUCUCCACAAUUUGUCACUAAUUCCACUCUAACAUGCGUUAACCUGGUCCCAACACGAGGUAUUGGUGCAUUAAAGGUGUAUUCCUGACACUAGAGUGGUAAAAGCACUGUUUAGGUUCCCUGUUUCCCUUGCCUCCCUUUGAAAAGGUGAUUCGAGUCAACUUUUUUUUUUUUAAUGCCGCACAGGGCUUGCCGCGUCUGGCCCCCGCCUUUGCGGGUGAGAUCCUCAAGCUUGAUCUCAGCCAACCCAAUGCCUUCCCGUAAGAAAGCACUGGGAGGCUAUUGCACAUGCACAGCAUAAAGCCAGCUGCAUCAAUCAGCAUCUCCUCAUAAAGAUGCAUUGAAUCAGUGCAUCUCUAUGGGAAACCUUCAGUGUCUCCAUACAGAGCAUGGAGACCCUGAAUGCCAAAGCUGCACACUCUGCAGCACGGACCCAGGAAGCACCUUUAGUGGCCAUCUGUGUGACGGAAUGCCACUAGAGGUCAUCCUAGGCAGUAAUGUAAACACUGCUUUUUCUAUGAAAAGGCAGUGUUUACGUUUUAACAGGCUGUAGACACCAGAACUACAUUAAGCUGUAGUUGUUCUGGUGACUAUAUUGUCCCUUUAGCAGGUUUAAUGACUUAUGUUAUACUAAUACAUCUUUGAAGGAAUCGAGGCAGUGAAGCAAAAUCACGGCAAGGGACAAUACUAGCAAUGGCUAUAUUAACAAUCCAUGCUUAUACUGGUCUGUGAUUGAACCACUUUUAUAACUUUUCUUUUUUUUUUUUUUAAACCACUGUCUAAAGUGUUUCCGAAUAUGUGGGUGCUAUAGCAAUUCUGAUAGUAAUGAAGCAUAAUUCCUUUUCUAUUGCCUUACUGGAUUGAUCACUUUUUUUUUUUGGGUUUGAGUCUGAUUUGCUGUUUUCUGCAGGAUGGCGCGAAAAUGGAGAUCCGAAAACUAAAUGACCCUCCCAGUGCACAGACUGUAAAAGAUAUGGUCAAAUAUGCCCGAAAUGUUGUUGAGGAGUUUCGAAGAGCCAAGCAUUAUAAAAAUAUCCUUUUUGUAUUGGAUUUCUUUUGUAUUUUCUAAGGUGUGUGUGUGUGUGUGUGUGUGUGUGUGUGUUGGGUUUUUUGUUUGUUUGUUUGUUUUGGGGUUUUUUGAGGGACUUCUGAUGGACUUUUAUGAAUGUUCAAGCGGUGUAUCUAAAUAUGAUUCUAGUUCCUGCAAUUUAUUAAUUUUAUGUAAAUGAAUAUUAGGUGAAAACACAUGGUAGGGGCAUAAUCCCUUUGCCAACAAGUCUGAGGAAUGAUGGCCUACCUGGCUAAGUAUUUUGGGAAACGUAGUUCACAAACAUCUGUAUAUACCUGGCAUUACAGAUCAGCCAUGAUUAUGAUUGUCAGAUCCACCAUGAUUAAGCCUAACCCAGUGUUUUAAACCCUUUCGACACUUACCUAAUUCUAGCUCCGAUGUCCCUUAGCACUGGGUUAGGCUCUGCCUCUACGUCUCCUCCCCCACAUUAGGGAACGAAUGCGCGACAAGCGCCCUUUCUGUGCUGCAGGAGGGUGCAAGGGAGGGGGGGCACUGUUGGGUACUAGAAAUAAAACUUUGUAUUCCUAGCACUAUAUUUCCUUUAAUGUAAAAUGUAUUCUGUCUUGCUUUAUUAACAGCCUGCUAGACCCAGCAGGAGCCUCGUGUGAUUACAUUAAAUAAAUAGAGCAGGUGAUACGAACUUAUAAAAUAAACACAAAGUGCUAUAAAGUCUGAUUGAAAAUGAAACUUGUUUUGUGUGUGAUUCACAGCCAGCAUUGGUGUGGCUAGGGCUGCAUAAAACAAAAUAAUUGAGCAGUGAGCCUGAUCUAUGCACCGAAGUGUCUCAUUAAGCUAAAGUUGUUUUGGUGCAAAGUGCCAGUUUCACUUUGUAAAACGCAUCCAAACCUGAAUGGUAGUGGUAGGCUGUGACUGUUGGGACCAACUUACCAGACACUUUUUUGCACAAUCUAAACAAAAACCUGUUUGGGUAAUGGUGUAAUGGGGCAUUGUCCUUUUAAGGCAUUGUGCAUAAGAUCAAGUGUUGCAAAUCAUCUUUAAGUUGUCAUAGUUACUUUUCUUGACUGGUGUACCGCCUAGCGAGCUUCUGGAAAUCUGUGAGCUCAGCAUGGAAAAAAUGGGAGCUGUGUUUGAAGAGAGCAAUGUUUACAUGUUGCAUAUGAUGUACCAAGCUAUGGGAGUUUGUCUCUACAUGCAAGACUGGGAAGGAGCCCUUAAGUAUGGACAAAAAAUAAUCAAGCCUUACAGGUAGUGUAUAACACAUCAUACAGAAUAUAACUAAAGUUGAAAAACGUGAGCAAACCAACUAAAACUGGGCACAAGAGAAUACUGAGAAUGGACAAGAACUCAAACAUCUUGCCCUUUGGUGGGUCUCACCUGAGUUUUCAAGUGGUUUCUAGCUCAUAUCAGACUGAUACCAUCCACGUGGGCAAUCCAGAUCCAAAAUGCGAGCCGGUUCCCUCUGCACGAGAGAUACAGCAACCCUAGACAUUAAUUUCAGACUUGUUAGGCCUUUUCAUUUAAGUAUAGCUGAUGCCUCACUAGGAAGAGCGGCCAAGGAGUUCACAUCUGGAUUAUCUUUUUACCUUAAGGAGAGCAAACAAAUUAAUACCACGUGCUCACUGUGUCUCAAGGCGUAUCAGCUACACCUCACUGAGGCCCAAAGAUGGCCGAAACAUCAUCAUUAGUUGGUUUCUUUAACUCUCGCGCAGAGGGAACGUGCUGGCAUUUCAGAUCUGGGCUUCCCUUUUGGGCAGGAUCAGUCUGAUUCGCAAAUGGUAUAAGUUCUCUGUAAUGGCACAAGUGAUCAAAAAACAUUUUGAAACCUGAGUGGGGACUAACCUAAGUGCAAACUAUUAAGGUUUCACUGAGCUUUUGCUAGUUCUCAUAUAAUGCUUCUGAUGAAUAAUACCUAAUAAUAAGCAUUCACCGUGGAAGCAAAAUGUCUCCUGACUGUCAGUACUGUGCCCCAGAAUAGCACCUGACUUGCCUUGAUAAAUAUCUAAACUAAUCUCCCACAGGUGAUCGGAUAUCCACAUUCACCAUUAAUUGAUUCAUAUCGUGUAAAACUCAUUGUUGGGGAAACAAGGCACAAUAAUACAGUCUAGGAAACCUUUCUACAUAUGUUGUGAUUCUAUUCAAACCUAAUAAAUAGUGAGCGAAUAGAUACAACCAGCACUUAAUGUAAAGCUGGGUUUUUAGUUUCUGUAUUGUAUGGCAUUAAAACUUCUGCUUCCGGAGGCCUAAUCUUUAUUAAUAUUUGAAUGAACAUUCUAAUGGGAGUAUAUAGCAUAAUGUGGAUUAACAAUGUCCCGGUCACACUCUAAAGAAUCGACUAACCUUGCAGAGGAUCCAUCAUUUAUUCUGCUAAUCUGACUGUAUGGGACUAGUUGAUUACACGGACGUUCAGUGUGAUUUGUGAUUGCCUCUUGGGUGAGGCUCUAGCGUUCAAUGAUCUAAACUAAAGUUGUUCGUUUUUCAGUAAGCACUAUCCCGCCUAUUCGUUGAAUGUUGCCUCCAUGUGGCUGAAACUUGGUAGACUUUAUAUGGGGCUGGAGAAAAAAACAGCCGGGACAAAGGCCCUUAAGAAGGUACUUGCUUGCACACAUUGUACUUAAGAUGUUUCCAUAUACGUGACUGUCUCAAUGCUCUCUUCUAGGACGUAGUUUUAUCUGAGCCCUACCAAAAGUUCAGGUUUUUGUCAUCUAAUGAUAAUCCUUGGUGGGUCAGUUAGGUUGUGUUACCACCAUCUUGACUAAUUUAGAAAAACUGUUCAUGACCUUCAUUGUAAAUUGUAUAUCGUUAUCAGUCUUUCAAUAUUAGAGUAGUAGACACUGACCCAUCUGUGAUCAUGUCAAUAGGUACUAUGUUUGUAUGCCUUUAGUAUGACAAAGCAUCAUGGAGGAUGUUUUAAAACAUGUGGGAUCUACCUUUUUGGCACCACUGAUGUAUACUGUUGUAAGACAGACCAUCAAUUUUGUGCUUACACAGUAUAUAUGAAAUUUAGUGCUUAAUUGCCACAACACCUUUUUUUUUUUUUUUAACAAAAUUAAAGCCAGUGAAAUUAAUGGUUAAAUUUUAACUACAGUUUUAUUUUUCCCAAAAAGACCACUUCUUUUUUUUUUUCUUUUUUUCAUUCUCCUCCAUUAUUUUUCAAAACCCAAUGCUAUGCCUACUGUUGUCUUUGAGCUCUUAAUACCGGCAUGUAAUAUCGUGUGUAUUUACUCAGUCAGUAGCUCUAUACAGCCUUGCUGGUGGUAAAUGAAUGGGGCUUUAAACUUUGCCACAUCCUAAGAGAUGUCGCUAACGGUUCGCCGCGAACUCCGGUCAGCUAACACAUCCCAACCAAUCUCCAGCAGACCCUCCUACUUCCUGGACAGCAUCCAUGUUGAAGGCAGCUUCAACAUGGAUGCUGUCCAGGAAGUAGGAGGAUCUGGGAGGGAGGGUCUGCUGGAGAUUGGCCGGGAUGUGUCAGCUGACCGGAGUUCGCCGCGAACAAUUCGUGGCGAACCGUUCACGACAUCUCUAAUCCUAAGACUAGUUUGAUUAAAUUUUACUCCUUAAUGAUCCUUGACACAAGAUUCUUCUGAUGGCAUAGGACAUAAUUGGUACUUUAAGUACUUUUAGGUUUUCACCCUCACAUCCUGGCAGAGAUCGAUAAUCUCAGCCAAUCCAGUACUCUCCAAUGUGUAAGUGUUGGAAGGUUAGUGAGCAUGCACAUAGACCAUCUGAUAAAAAUGUAUUUUAUUCUGCGGUGUCCUCGAAUGCACUUGUAGUUGCUGUUUGAGUGACAGCCACUAAAGACACUUAAACCCUGCAAUGCUGUUCUACAGAAUGGCGGUUUCUAGCUGCAGGAUUAAGCAGACUGGGUCCUGACACCCAGACCACUUUAUUGAUUUGAAGUUGUUUGGGUGCCGAUAGUGUCCCUUUAAGUUGUAAAAUCUUCGCCUUAGUUUCCAUUCUAUUACAAUUUGUUUGUAAAAACCUGUCUAAAAUACUACAAAAUCAUUUUUUUUAUCUAUUUUUUUAACAAUUGGCGGUUUGCAGAUUGCUGCUGCUCCUCCACCUCUGCAGCUGGAAUUUUUUGACCUAUGUUUAACAUAUGAACAUGUGCUGCUGAGCUAUGUUUGGUGUCUUCUAUUCACAUUUGAACCGCUGUGGGCUUUUAACUUUAUCCAUGCUUUGUCCCUUUCCCUUCAGGCCAUUAAUAUAAUGGAAAUUGCUCAUGGCGCUGAUCAUCAUUAUAUCACAGAAAUCAAAAAGGAACUAGAACAUUAAAGUAUGCGAACGGAGCACUUCUAUUUAAACACGUGUUUGGAAUGCUAAGAUGUUUGUCAAUGGAACUGCGAAACCUGUAAUGCUGCUUUUAUUUUUACCAUACAAAUGGUAUCUAGAUUGUGUGCUAGUGUUUUGCUUGGAAAGACUGUUAAUAAUUAGCCUAGAGGGGAUGAUGCUUAUAUUUAUAUUUCUUCAAACACUUUAUACAUAAACUUUGAUUAAUUUAAUAAAAGUAAAAAAAAAAAGGGUAAAUAUCCAAAUAUGUAUGGAUCAAGUUAAACCGAUUAGUUUAAAAUUAUAGGACUCAAAAAGUGUAAAAUAUUUAAUCAGUCCACCUGAUAUUGCAGGUUGCUAAACAGUUAUUAAAGAGCACUCCACUGCUUAAAUACAAAAUAAAAAUCCCUGUUUAGUAGAUAUACCCCAAAUGAAAACCUGCAUGCAUUUAAUUAUGCAUUUUUUUUUCAUUGGGAUAUUUACGGUCUUUCAUACCUGGUCCAGACUUUCUGUGGCUGUCUAGUCAGACUUCCGAAUAUAGCUCAUAGAAUGAGAAGUCUAUGUAAGUAAGGUGCUCCUGGACAAUUGCUGCCUCUUGAUGUCAGCUGCAUUGAGCUAAUGAAACCAGGAAGUAACAUGAUCUGUUGUCUGUUUGAAAGCCAAGGGGGUGUAACCAGGUUAAUUUAUAAAAGACUAUUUCUAUUUAAAUUGCACUCCACCCACCCACCCCCCCUCACCCGGGAAAAAAAAAAAAUCACUCUUCACACAAAGCUUUUCAUCAAGCUAAAGUUGUUUAGGUGUCUGGGGUGACCCUUUAAAGUAACAUGUUGUUCUCUGGGACCCUUUACAUAUUUCUCCCUUCUGUUGGUCACUUUGCUACAUGUCUGAGGGCCUUUGAAUACCAACGAAUACCAAGUCUGUCAAACUACAACUCCCAUAAUUCCCUGGCAGCAAUAAGACAGAGAAUUAUAGCCGUUGUAGUAAAUCAGAAUCCCUAUUUAUCCCUAUUUAUUUAUUUUUGCCCCGGCUUUACAUCGUUUGCAGCAAUCCAAUUCAUGCGUUUUAUUUGAACUUUGUUUUAAAGAUUUGAAUGGCUGUUUUUUUGUUUUGUAAGACACUGCCUGAAACUGAAAUCAACCAAAGUUUGCCUGCAAGUUUUAUUACUAAAUUGCUGUCUAUCAUUGCAAUGUAAUAAACAAGAGACAAAUUGUGUUUUGAAUUUAUUUUUUUAAAUAAACUUCCAAACCUUCAUGAAUAUUAAACCCUUUAGAUUAAUGUAUAGAUUUACG